AUGAACUACUGUAGUGGAUUCUUCUCCUUUCAUUGGGACUGCACCAAGAGAAAUGUUUUCCUGAUUGCCUCCAUCUCUUUUACAGCAGUAUAUUUGAUUUCUUAUUUUUUGAAUUCUGGUAACCUUGCUGUUCUAACUCAAAGUAAAGUUCAAAACAAUGAUGACAUAGAAGAAAAAGACACACUUUUUACCAAAAGGUAUGAUAAUCUUCAGAUGGAAAGUGAAAAUAUUUUACAUAAAAACAUUACUUCAAAUUUCAAACUAUUCUUAUGGAGAGAAAAUGGAGUACUAUCAGCUGAAAAUGAGAAAUUUGGGAAUAAAACCAGAUCUACCUCAAGAUGGUCAUUUAAAUUCAUUAUUAAUGAAGAAGAGAAGUGUAAAGAUAAAACCCCUUUCUUGAUACUGCUAAUAGCAACUACAGCUGCUGAAAUUCAGCAGAGAAGUUCCAUCAGAAAAACUUGGGGAAAUGAAGCUGUGGUUCCAGGAGUUGAAAUUGUUCGGUUGUUUCUGCUGGGCACUGAGCGCAAGGGUUCAAAUGAGGUCCUACGGACAGAAAGCGAGCAGUAUCAUGAUAUUAUUCAACAGGACUUCCUGGACACUUACCAUAACUUAACUCUUAAAACUUUGAUGGGCAUGAAGUGGGUUGCCUCUUAUUGCAGUGGUGCAAGUUUUGUUAUGAAGACAGACAGCGAUGUUUUUGUUAAUACAAUAUACCUAAUAGAAAAGCUCCUUGGGCCUCUUUCACCUCCUCCACAAAACUAUUUCACAGGCUGUCUUAUGAAAGGGCAUAAGCCUAUUCGGAAUAAAAAUAGUAAAUGGUACGUAUCAGAAGAAGAAUAUCCAGGUGAUAAAUACCAUCCUUUUUGUUCAGGAACUGGCUACAUCUUUUCUGGAGACGUGGCUUCAAAAAUUGUCAGUGCUUCUGUAACGAUAAAAUAUAUACAUUUGGAAGAUGUUUAUGUAGGGCUCUGUCUUCAUGCAAAGGGAAUACAGAUAGUACCUCCACCUAGUCCUUCAUUGUUUAACAUAUACAAGGUCCCAUUUUCUCCUUGUCUGUACAAUCGUAUAAUUACAGCUCAUCACACUGGGACAUAUGAGCACGUACUCUAUUGGGAAACACUGCAAAAGAACCGCCACACAUGUCAGACAGAACAGAAAGGCCCAUAGCAGAGAGUCCUUUCUUCCUUUGACAGUGGACAAAACAGCAGAUGUUUACUUAGAAACAGAACAUAGAUGGAGUGGUAACUUUCAAGGUUCAGAGACAUCCU